AACUUUUUCUGUUUUAAAACUCUGUGGUUUCUUCUUAAAUAGAUUCCUUAGUUCUACGACAAUGAACCAAGUAAAAUGUAUGUAAUUUGUAUCAUCCCAUCAUUGUGAAAGUUCGAGCUUUAUUACUGCGCUAAUUCUAUCUAAGUUCCCAUGCUAACUUAUUCAUGUAAUCACUUAAUUGGACGCUCUCCUGCCGGUGCCACUAAUCGAUCCGCGUGCCACGCUUUGUAAAGCGUGUACUUCCGAUAACAAUCAACGCACUGUUUCGAAACUAUCAUUACCCACGAUUGUGAGGCAGGAUGAUAAGAUCCAUAAAUGAUAACUGCUUGAGAGAAAAAAGUCGAGAUAGGAUUUCCCCCCUCCCGCAUCGUUUAAUUAACUCGAUAACAAAGUAAUAACACACGGAUCAUUCCCACCCUGGAAACGCGAUGACCGGUGAAUACGAAACUGAUCAAAACAAACACUUCAAAGCCCCCAACCCCCCGCUCAAGCUCAAGGUCAACUGAUCAUGAGCUGUUCAAGCAUAAUCGUCCGAUUCCAAAACAUGGGGGUUCUUCACUUCAAGAAAAAAAAAAUCAAUAAUCAAUUCACUAUCCGUUUCGGUAUAGGCACAUUCACCUCCCGAUAAUCAGGUUUACUUUGUUAUGAUUCGCACCCAUAGUUGUGAAGAUCGAUCGAUCCUAACCUCAUCGAAGAGAGACACGCUGGCUAUGGAUGGAUUCUAUCGUCUCAUGUUAUAACACAAACGUCAUCCCUUUGGCCAGGACUGUUCGGAUGAUUUGUCAAUGUGGUCAUUUGUUUGGAUUACCAUGUGGACAGGUUUCCUGUCGCGCCAGUUCUCUCUUGUAGUCUUGUAGUUAGUUUAGUUAAAUCAGCAACGUGAAAGUACUGUUGCUGAUAUGAUCGAGAGUGUGAUCCUCUCUGAAAAACUUUUGCACGCAAAGCAAAGGAUGCCUGAAUGAAACCACCACCACCGACAGUCGACAAUGAGCAGCAAGGCGCGGCGGACGUGUUUUGAAUUUGCGAUCGUGCGCAUUAAUCGUGAUAUUUGAUGAUAAUUUUUUUUUGUUUUGUUGCACUCGCGUUGAAAUGAACUUUGUGAGGAAUGCAGUGGUCUCUACUGGCGGUGCAAGUUUGCUGAUUUUCGUAACCGUUGCUGCUAUUGUCAUCCUUCUCGAUCGGUGCGGUGUCUCCGGCCGGGUGUACAAGAAGUGUGAGCUGGCACGUGAGUUGGCGCUAAAACAAGUCCCGGAAGAUCAGAUCACCGAUUGGCUGUGUAUCGCCGAGCAUGGCUCGAAGCUGAACAGUUCGGCUGUCAAUUUGAAGUACAAAAAAUUUGGCGGUUCGGCUUACUACGGGAUCUUUCAGAUUAGUGAUCUUUACGGUUGCUUGAAGAGCAGCUCGAUCUGCGGGUUGACCUGUGCCGAUCUGAGAGAUGACGAAGUGGAAGAUGAUAUUGAUUGCAUGAGAAAAAUUUAUGACGAGUACAGUCGCGAAAUCGGCGAUGGGUUCGCGGCUUGGCCCACCCAUAAAACCUACUGUCAGGAUCCAGUGAACCGAGUGUCGUUCGGAGAUUGCUUGAACGAGGAAGUGCUCCGUUUUCAAGCAUACUACAAGAAGAAAAAAGCCAAGUCCAAAAAAGAGGACCUGGUGAUCGGUACUCCCGUUGGUAAAGUGUACGAUCGUUGCGAGUUGGCUGUGGAACUUCGGGACAAAUAUCAGCUACCAGAGGGACAAAUUGCUACUUGGGUAUGCAUAGCAUAUCACGAGAGUAGGUUCAACACUUCGGCCGAAGGUCGAUUGAACGCGGAUGGCAGUGGUGAUCACGGUCUGUUUCAAAUCAGUGAUAUUUAUUGGUGCUCGGCAACCAACUUUCCGGGGAAAGCUUGUGGGGUGACAUGCGAGGAUCUACGAAACAACGAUAUCAGUGACGACAUUCGUUGUUUACGGAAAAUAUUCGAUGAACAUCAACGAAUCUCCGGCAAUGGGUUUACUGCGUGGACGGUUUAUCGACCGUAUUGUCAAGGAAGGGAAGAUAGUUUUGUGCACAAUUGCUUCGACGAUCAGACUCCUACGACGACGGGACUACGUCCAAGACCUGGAAUUACGGCCCCGACAAGUCGGCCAGGCACCAAGACAUCUGGAACCGUAUCGACCGGUAAAAUCUACGAUCGUUGCGAAUUGGCGAACGAUCUCCUGCAUAAGUACAACAUUCCGAAAGAGCAAAUCCCGACCUGGGUGUGUAUCGCAUAUCACGAGAGCGGUUUCAACACUUCCGCAGAAGGUCGGCUGAAUGCGGAUGGUAGCGGUGAUCAUGGAUUGUUCCAGAUCAGUGAUAUUUACUGGUGCUCUCCACCAGGAAAUGGCUGGGCAUGUUCGGUGAGUUGUGACCAGCUGAAGGAUAACGAUAUCGCUGAUGAUGUCCAGUGCAUUCGUACAAUUUACGAAGAGCACCAAAGACUUUCCGGUGACGGCUUCAACGCCUGGUCUGUUUACCAACCGCACUGCAAGGAUAAGUCUGCCAAUUAUGCUCAAGGAUGUUUCGGAUCGGAUGAAGUUCAAGCCGUAACUUCGGCUUUGCCAAAGCCAGGAAUAACCGCCCCAACACGUGCUCCUUCGAGAACAUCCCUUAUCACAAAAGGAAAAGUAUACAAGCGUUGCGAGUUGGUCCGAGAGUUGCAUUUCAAGCACCAUUAUUCGAUUGAGGAUGCUGCCACGUGGACCUGCAUAGCACAGUAUCAAUCAAAUUUCAACACAGCGGCCGUUGGAUCAGGUCCGGGAGAUGUAAAGUAUCACGGAAUGUUCCAGCUAAGUGACGAAUACUGGUGUUCACCUCCCGGUCGAGGAUGGGUCUGUGGAAUGCCGUGUUCUGAUUUGGAGGACGACGACAUCACCGAUGAUCUUGCCUGUAUGCGACACAUCUACGAAGAACAUCAGCGGAUCUCCGGAGAUGGAUUCAACGCAUGGGCCGUAUACCAACCGUACUGUAAAGGGAAAUCAACGGGGAUGGCGGAAGGAUGUUUUGAAGAGGGAGAAAACGCACUGGUUCCGGUUACUACGACAACUAGAAAACCCACCAAAAAGAAGAAUGUAGGGGUAGGAAAAAUUUAUCAACGGUGUGAGCUAGCGCAAGAACUGUACUACAAGCAUAGAUUACCGUUCGAACAAAUUGCAACUUGGGUUUGCAUUGCCCAUAGAGAAUCCAACUAUAACGUGUCUGCAAUCGGUAGGUUGAAUGCCGAUGGCAGUGAGGAUCACGGAUUGUUCCAAAUCAGUGACAUUUACUGGUGCUCGCCUCCCGGGAAAGGCUGGGUUUGCAAUAUACCGUGUUCGGAUCUGGAAGACAACGAUAUUACCGAUGAUCUGGAAUGCAUGAAACUGAUAUUCGAAGAGCACACCAGACUUUCCGGAGACGGUUUCAAUGCCUGGGCUGUGUACAGACCGUAUUGCAAGGGCAAUGCAGAUCAUUACAUCAACGGAUGUUUCGAUGAUCCAACAACGACGCCUCGUACUACGACUCGUGCAGCAAUAACUAGAACUACUCGUCAAACAACAAAAAGAACAACAUACUCCAGCUCGCCAGCGAUAACUUCGCGACUUACGAUCGAACCUUCGACAAGUUUGACCACGACCACGAAACCAACAUUGCCAUCCGAAACAUCUCGUAUAACUCAACAAACUAACCCCAAAAGCACAACGUCUCGUCCGACCAAUGGAUUCAGUAAAGCGACUACCAGUUUGUACGAAUUCUAUCUCCAUCAUUUUGGGCGACCAAACAGUACUCCGGUGACAUAUGCGCCUUUCGCAUUCAGGACAACAAAUGACCGGAAAACUUCCACGACCACUGCCACAACAACUACCACUCCCCGGUUUACCCUGAGAACCCAGUCAAAUGUUCCCAAAAUUGUCACAAGCACUGCCGCAACAAGGGCCACACAAUUUGUACGGUCUCCGAAGCUUGGAAGUACCAGUGUGACAUCCGCAAGCACCGCUAAGUAUUCAAACUUCGAUCAGCUAUUCGAUCGAUUCAAACAUGGAUGAAAAAUGAAUGGAAAUCGUAUUAUUUCUAAUAAAUAAAUUAAUUUUGUACAUAAACAGAA